GUCAUGUUGAUAUAUGACGACGGAGUUGACGCUAGUUAGCUGGCUGGUUAUGACUCAGCGCAAGGACUUGUUGUAACUAUUUCUUUUCUGGUGAUUGUCUGAUGUUUUUCGACUUUUAAAAAGGAUCCCAGGGCGAAAGAUCAGAACUGGGCAGCAAGUGGCGGUGGGAGCAAGCAACGUCGCCCAAAAGUGGCCGCAAUACUUUCCUUCUGGAUGCUGGCCUUUGGACACCUCACCGUGCGUUGUGCUGUGUUUCAACCCUUUUCACCCUGUUCCCCCUCCUUCCAAGAGUUUCUUGGACCUUUCCACAAGAAGAGAACUUUGGAAAGAGAUGCUGGGCCUACUUUCGCCGUCUCUUCUCGACUCUCCCACUCGCACCCAACCCCCCUUUUGUCCCGUUCUUCCCCCCACCGAAAGGAGAGGGAAAAAAAAAAAAAGAACAACCCAAGAAGCAAAAGCCGAGACGAAAGGAAAAAAAAAGAAGCGGUUUUGUUUUCUCUGGUUCUAGAGGAAGGAUUACACUUGUCUGCUGUGGCUUGUUUUGCCAUCCCCCCCCCCCCCCUUUUUUUUGAUACCCCCCGAGUUCCCCAUGUCUUUUUCUUGUCCAUCCCUCCCUCCGCUCCCCCUUCCUUUUUUCUUAUGCUACUUGGCUGGUGGCCAGUCAGGUCUCCCCGUCGUCCUCCUGUGACUCUUCCUCCCUUUUCUCUCUCUCUCAAUCUCUUUCCCUUUUGGCGCUCAUCCUUGGCCAUGGUCGAACGGACAAAGGGGUUCGCACCGUUUUGUUCGGGACAUGGACCGUCAGUGGAUGUGGCAGCCGUCACUCAUCGUUUGUCGGGAGUGACAAUUUGCGUAAUAAUGUAUGUUGGAAAUGAUAGGCGCGAUUGGAAUGAAUAAAUGACUUGACUUGACUUGACCGUAACGGAGAAAAUAAUUAAAGUAAGCACGAUGAAAUCUUGUUGAUAAUCUCGCAGCGGGAGAGACGAGUCAAAGUGUCUCCGAGAGCCGCGGUUCAGCUGAUCGGAUGAUCUUCAAUCAACAACUUCCUUCCCCCCCCCUCUCUACCUAUCAAUCACCUCUGUUUUGUUCAUCUCCUCUCAAUCCAUCUUGAGCAUCAUCUCUCGCUUAAACUUCCACCUGUACCGGCUGACCCUCGAUAUUCGCGGACCGAUUGAUUCCCCCUCUC